AUGAAAGCCUACUGGUUCGAUAACCUCCCUGGCGACCAACGCCUCCCCCACGACUCCUCCCGCCCCGUUCCCCCCUCCUACCUCUCCUCCCUCGGCAUAAUCCACCACUACCUCCCCUCCGACCUCCCGGGCGUCGACGCCAUAGCCUCCGAGCGAAACUACAAGAAUCGCGACACCAUUGAGAUUUCCCCGACUACGUUACCGAACUACGAGGAGAAAGUCAAAGGAUUCUUCCAUGAACAUUUACAUGAAGAUGAGGAGAUAAGGUAUAUUUUGGAGGGCGGGGGGUAUUUUGAUGUGCGGAGUGAAGGAGAUGAGUGGGUGAGGAUUAGGUUGGAGAAGGGGGAUUUGAUGAUUAUGCCGGCGGGGAUUUAUCAUCGGUUUACUACUGAUGAGGAGAAUUACACCAAAGCGAUGCGGCUGUUCAAGGAGGAUCCGAAGUGGACGCCGUUGAACCGCGGGAAGGAGACUGAGACGAAUGACUUCAGGAAGGAUUACUUGAAGAUGAGGGAUGGGGGUACGGGUAUUGCUGCGUGA